CAGGUAGUCAGGCCAGUGAAAGCUGACUUAUGAAAACACGGUCAGCGUGUUAAAAACGUCUUUUUUUUAACAGGUGGUUUUACGCAGACUUUUGAGCCAUAUGUGGGAUGUAUGAAAAGUCCCCGCGGUUGUUUUGGGACUAAAUCUAACAGAGGACUUGGAGCUGGGGGGACUGGUGACUUUUAAUCAUGACUUUUGCCAUGCUGCGGCCCGUGGCGACGCACUUAAUCUAUUCAGACUUCGCUCUCAUGUCCGAGGAUGAUGAAAACCGCAGCGAAAGCGACGGCAGCUCGGAGCAGAGUUACUGCGACUCCAGCGAGAAGCGCAGGAGGAUUUCACGCAAACUGGAAGGAGAAACCGCUGUGGUCAUGAAGCAGAGGAGCGCCGCUAACGCCAGGGAGAGAGGCAGGACCCAGAGUGUCAACACCGCGUUCACAGCUCUCCGGACUCUCAUACCCACCGAGCCGGUGGACAGAAAACUCUCCAAGAUUGAAACUCUUCGCCUGGCGUCUAGCUACAUUUCCCAUCUGGCCAACGUGCUCCUCAUUGGAGACGGCUGCGUCGACGGACAGCCGUGCCUCGGCGCGGUGCAUGUGCAAGGAGAGAGCGGGGCGAAGCAGCCGCGGACCAUCUGCACCUUCUGCUUGAGCAACCAGAGAAAAGGGAUAAAAGAUGGAAAAGACUGUUUAAAAAUGAGAGGGCUGGGUCCACUGCGAAUGAGACGCUGACUGAAGACCAGCGACUGAUCAGCAACCUGAAAAUAAUCAAAAGACUUUCUCAGGGAAGAAUCAAAGCUGGUGUUACACACUUAAACACAAACACACACACACACACACACACACACACACAUAGAUGUACACAUGCUGGAUCAAAUGAUGGAAGAAAAAGAGAGAAAAGACUAUUUAUACUUGAUCGAGAGAUUUAAGCAUAAGCCUUUCAAAGAUGCAGUGCAUUUGUUUGAAACUUAUGAUUUUUUUGUCCUUUUUUUUUUUUUUUCUUUUUUGAAAAAGUUUUAAAUAAAAUAUAUUUUAUCAAAAUAAAA